AUUCUUUUGUCCAACGUAUCUGUCGGGCCAGUUCCCAAACUGCCGCCACGGUUACCAUCCACCGAUGUCGAACAAAUUAUCAAGCAGGCCUACAAAGAUGUGGAACUUUUGCAAGAUGAGAUCGCCGCCUUGUCAAACAGUAUGACAAGUUCAAAACUCGUCCACACGGCAGCUCCAAGAUCAGCGCUCGAACGUGAGCUAUCCUCCCAAGUGAGUCCAACCAAUUCGGUGUUGAGCUGUCCGCGCAAUGCGAUUCACUAUCCGCGUAACAGUCCACGCCUGGCUGCACCCCCGAUUGCACGUGACCUCUAG